GGAUGGAAGGAAAUCAUGCGGGCCUCGCUUUUGCCACACCCGCUUAGCGCUCGUCGAAUCCGGAAUCCCCUCCCCAACUCCAACCUGCUGCGGCUCUCUGCUUCAGCUCGCCAGCCAGCCUCCUCGAGCUCGCUAAAAACCAACCCAACAGCCCACUCUGUCCUCUCCCCUCUGGCCCCUCCCUCUCCCACGCGCAAGGCACAACACAAGGCAGGCAACGGCACAACACUUGGUGGAGCAACCAGCCAGAGAGAAAGAGAAGCAGAGCAGGAGGAAGAAGAAAGAGGGAGAAGAAGAGCGGCAGCCAAGAAGAGGAGGAGCAAGAUGCUGCGCGGCGGCACGAGCAUGCUGGGGAUCGUCAACUUCAUCACCUUCCUGAUCUCGAUCCCCAUCCUGGGCGGCGGCAUCUGGCUGGCGUCCCGGGCCAACUCCACCGACUGCAUCCGCUUCCUGCAGUGGCCCAUCAUCGUCGUGGGGCUCGUCCUCAUGGUCAUCUCCCUCAUGGGCUUCGCCGGCGCCUGCUACCGCCAGACCUGGCUCCUCCGCCUCUACCUCUUCGCCAUGUUCUUCGUCGUCCUCGCGCUCCUCUUCUUCAUCGUCUUCGCCUUCGCCGUCACCGACCGCGGCGACGGACAGGUCGUCAUGAACCGCCGCUUCCUCGAGUACCAGCUCUCCGGCUACCGCGGCUGGCUCCGGGACCGCGUCGCCGACCCGCAGUACUGGGCCACCAUCAGCGCCUGCCUCCGCGACGGCCACGCCUGCUCCGGCAUGAGGCGAUUCGGGCGCGCCCCCAACACCGGCAUGCUCGUGCCGGAGACGUCGGACAUGUUCUACGCCCGCAACCUCUCCCCCAUUCAGUCUGGAUGCUGCAAACCACCAACAUCAUGUGGGUUCACCUACAAUAACGAGACAUACUGGACGCCAAACCCUGGAGUCCCGAUCAGCGAUGCAGACUGCAACAGGUGGAGCAACGACCAGCGGACGCUCUGCUUCCAGUGUGACUCGUGCAAGGCGGGUGUCCUGGCAGGCAUCAAGAAGAGCUGGCGCAAGGUGGCCAUCCUAAACAUUGUGGUGCUGAUCAUCCUCGUUAUCGUCUAUGUUGCUGGCUGUGCUGCGUUCCGUAACGCCAAGAGGAUCGAUAACGACGAGCCGAUCGGCAUGGCGCGGAUGACCAAGUCCCAGCCGAGCAGGUUCCAGUUCUAGACUGCUGUGGCGGGUUCGCAAGCUUUUGCCUUGUACAAAUGACCACACUGGGAUACGCGGAUACUUCGCAAAACUCAAGUACCGGUAUCGGAUACCGUAUCGGAUACCCGUACUCCAUGGAUAUUCCCGAAUACGUAUUCCGUAAGUAUCGGACUAUUUAGAUAUUUUCAAAUAAUAAAAAUAAAUCGGAUACUCGUGGGAUA